CUGUUUAUUUAUGCUUAAAAUGAAUGAGAAGAUAGACAAAACAGCUUGAAAAAGAUUUUUACUGUUAUAUUUAACAUAUGACAAAGAGUCUUGCUUAUAACUCUCCGAUUGACUUUUAAAUUCCAUAUGAUCAUUAGAUAUGCAUUCCUAAGGCAUAAUGCACAAUAAAAACAGCAAAAUUAAAUUUGACAAAAAUCGUGACCAUGUCCCUUUAAGAGGUAUUUUCUUCAUGUCGCCUUCGUUAACAAACAUAUUACAUUAUAUGGCAUUUAGCUACAAAAUCUGUCACAUCGAAAUAACAGCUUUUUACCCUUAGUCGAACCAAAUAAUUGAUCUCGCGCACUCGAUGUCAUAUACUUUUGAAAUAUCUUUUUCUGUUAUUAAAAUACCUCGAUAUGUUCCGCACCUGAGGCGGGAAUGUUGACGGCCAACUUAAUGAACGGUGUUGAUAGAUCUAGUUAAGUGCCUAAAUAGCCAUGAAGACGAAUAACGUCACCUGCAUGUUCAUUCUCUAUAUCUCAUUUCUUUACCUGGGUUUAUCUGAGUUAAAUCAAAACACGGUGUAAAAACGGUGCUGUGUAUAAAAAAAGUCAUACACAAAGGAUAUAAAACAUAUUUUAAGCUAGUUUUUUUUAACUUUAAUGCAAACACUUGCUAGCAUCUACAGAUUGUUUUUUAAACAACACUUAAGUUGGCGGUUAGUUUUCUUUUUUCUUUCUUUCCUCGUAUUAAAUUGUAGAUGUGGUACGUGAUCUUUAAAAGAAUCUUGAUUUCCGUAUGCACUUGAUCCUGGAAUGGUCAUUUCCUUCAUUAAUUACACACGCGUUCGUGUGUUUUGGAAGAAUAACUUUUAUCAACUGCCAUAUCAGCCGAUGGUGUUCAUGUUGAUAUGUGUGUAAGUGAGUGUGUGUGUGUAUGUGUGUGUGACAGAGAGAAAGAAAGAGACAGAGAAGUAAAAAUUGUUGACAAUUGAGAAAGACAAGUUAAAAACACAUUUCGUCUUGUUUGUGUGUGUAUGUGACAAACAGCAAGAAAGAAAUAGACAGAGAAGUAAGAAUAUUGAUAAUUGAUAAAGACUAGUUUAAAAAAAAAAAAGGAAGCUUGCCAAAUGGUACACAUGUACCGCUCAGAUAAUACUCUUCGUCCCGCAUUGAAGUAAUCCAUUUCCUGCAACACUUGAACCAUUUAAAAUAAAGGCCAGCGAUGGAGUUGUUAUGGUGGUGUUUUACUCUGCUGCAGGUAGUGUCGUCUGCUAUAGCAUCUUGCGAAAACCCAGUUAUUUCCAGUGGAAAUUAUUCAGCGGUUGUGUUCAGCCAGGAAUCGCUGCUAUUAAACUGUUCUGCUACCUCUUACGAUCAGAUACAGUGGUUUCAUUUGCCCAAUGGAAAAACGAAGGUUGAGCCAUACCAAUUUACUUGGUGUAAAGAUGACACAUGUAGGCUAUACGAUGACCCCAGAAUGCUUAACAUCAGAAAAGUCAGCACGGAGCUGAGUUUCAGUAAAUUUAUCUGUGUAGCAUCCUGCUCUGCGACCGGGAAAAAUGCUUCAGCUCAUGUUUUGGUUAUUGUUCAAAAAUGUGCAACUGUUAAACCAGACGUCGCAUCAGUCCAAAAUGUUACCGUCAGCCUCGGAGAAACAGCAACCCUCACGUGCAAGGCAGAUAUGGGGACUUGUUAUGAACUGAGUUUUCCAAAUUUUUCGUGGGACGGAAACAGCAAGGAUAUAUCAGAACUGAACACUACAAAUAGAUACUCAACUGAUGUAAAAUUAAAUGAUACCGGGAAACUGGUGACAACGCUAACCAUACGUGACGUCACAGAAGAAGACCUCCAGUCAUUUGACUGUAUCCUAAUUGAUGACCAUUUUGAAGAAGGCCACGUUAGGAAGACAAUAUUUCUCUCAUUAUCAGAGUCCAGAUCGCAAGCGUCUUCCUCCAUUUACAUUGCCGUUGUCGCCACAGUGUCUCUUAUUGCAAUCAUUCUUAUCGUGAUUACUUUCCUCCUAUGCUGUUAUUGCCAAUGGCGAAUUCGGUAUAAAUGUUGGAAGCCGAAUACUCUGAAUAAGAGAGAAGUGAACAAGGCGUGGGAUGCCUUGGUUUGGCAUGAUGACGAGCACGUGCAGGAGGCUAGUACGCUGCUGGCGAAGUUAGAGAACAUUGGGUACCGAGUCUGUACCAAGGAAGACCAAACUAGCGGCCAAGAUCUACAGGGUUUGGAGGCUUUGAUCGAUUCCAGCGCAUGCGUUAUCAUUCUCCGUAAGGAUGACGGUAUGAUGAUGACUGUACUGGAUAAAGCUCAGGAGAACCAAUCAGUGGUCCUAAUUCAGACCAAGGCUGAUCUUCCAUCCGUGCGUCAUGUGGAAAAUAUUAUAAAUAUAUUUAAGCUUCGAUGCCAGUCCAAGAGGUACCCUCCUCCCCAAAAUAAUGGGGAGAUAAAUAAAUCUAUGGCCGGCUUCCUGAAACUCUACUGGCCGUCACACGAUACUUCUAUUUUCAACUUUAGAAAAAAACUUAUCCGAGACGAGUUUUACUACAGAUUGAGAUUAAAAUUGCCGAAACAAAGUUUACACGUUGAGGCAGAACACAUCCAAAUGCAGUAACAGAAAUAGAUACAUAAAUUGUUUAAUAUGUAAUAUAUCAAAAUGUAUUAUGAUUUGAACCGCCAUUUAACAGCAUUAUCAUCGUGUUUUUAUCACAAACUCACUUUGAUGGUUAUCAAAGACUAUAUUUAUUCGAUUCAUUUAAAUACCAAUCUCAGAUAUUAAACUUUCCCUCACACCACCCCUCUCAAAAGAUAUAUUGCAUUGUUUCCUGUAAAAAAGAUGAAUUCAUUUUAAAUCGGUUUUAUAAAUCUUCUAGUUUAGUUUUAUGCAUAUAUAUGUAGUUUUUGUCACAGUUGAUUCGAUGCACAAGGGCAUGCUCUUCGUAUGAACAGAUUUUAAAGCGAAGCAAGCUACUGACAAACAAGUUGAUAAAACGGGACUCUCAACAGUCGCGAUUAAAGUCAGCUUUUUGUCAGUUCUACGGUCGAUACAACGACCUUGUCAGCAAAUACAGUCUUCCUCUGCGUCGCAUGCUGACACUUAUUGUUAGACCAAAAUGUAUCACUUAAUUGUCAACGGAUUUUCCCGUUUUCCCCGAUUACGACAAAGAGCACACGGCGAGUCUGACUGGUCAGCAGAGGAUGCUUACUCUAUGGCACCUGAUCCUACCUGUAAUUUCUUAGAGUCCCGUGUCUUCUAUGCACCUGUUUUGUUUUUUUUUCUUUCGGGCUUUUGAUUAUAAACACUGUCCGUUAUCACCACGUGUCAUUUUUACUAGUGUUGUCAAACAGCACUCGGUUAACCGCCCAACCAUGCUAAUCUCGGAUAAUAAAACUGGUAUGCGGUAAAUUUUAUUGAAUAUUUGUGUCAUUAAAAAUAACCAUAUUUAGAUCUUAGCUAGUCAGUGGAAGAUGCUCGUGACAGACAUUAAAAUCGAAAAGAUAUUUUAAUAGAAAAGCGGUUUCAAAAGUCGUGAAAUGUAAAUGAUGUGAAAUGGAAGUAACUUAUAGGGAAGGAACUACAAAUAUGUUACAGGGACAACGUCUCGAUUGCCGUCAAGAUUAUUUUUUCCGUUUUCAAUGUUUACAAUGUUUACAAAUUAGGCAUUUCUAAUGGUCAACAACAAUUUGAGUUUCAGUCGUCAAGUUAUAAGGGAUAUAAAGAGACCCUAAUAUUCUUUGUAAUGUAAACAAAGCUUUAAUCAUGCCUUUGUUUAUAUUUCGAAAAUUCUAAAUUUGUUCUUAAAAUGAAUAUGACACACACUAGGAACUGUAUUUAUUUGUCCAAAACGAAUAAGUAGAUUGAAAAAGUCAGCUUGAAAGAGAAUUUUACCGGUAUAUUUAACAAUUGUUAACAAAAGGAAGGCACGAUCUUUGUUGGGUAAGAACAUGUCAAAGUGGAUUUUCAAAAUUAGUUCAAGUAGAAUCAUUGUAUCAAGGAAAAGACUUUACCAAAUACGGAAAGGUUUACGGAAGAAUGCCUUUAGAAGAAGUUUCAAUUAAAUACUUUAUAGAAAAUAACUUUUUUUUCUUAAGUAAAUACUGUACAUAACUUGUUGAAUCAUGUAGAAUACAGAAUUCAAAUUGUGUAGCUUCUUUCAUUAAAAAAAAUAUAGCAAUACAAGAUAAUAAAGUUUCUGUACAACUAUUGCACGCACGUGUCUAUUUUAUGAAAUGAAUAUUUUGCUACCUGACAAUAAAAACUGUUUUGGAAAAUAUCUGUCUGUAUCUUUGUACACAAUAGUACGAGAAUGCAGGAUUAAACAAUGAAUUACCAUUUUUAGGCAAAUGUUCAUUAUUAUUUCAAUUUCAGAACUACCAAAUCACAAAUCAUCAUCAUAAAGCAAUAACAUUUGUAUCACUAAACUUAGCAAACUACACUGUGGCUUGAGUUCAUUAAUAUUUGUUGAGUACCAGUUUUCUUUAAUUUCAUUGUUGAAUUGAUCGAAAUUAUAAAUGGUAAUUGAAGUGCAUUUUUUUCUUCAAAUAACAUUAUUAAAGUAUCGUCUAGAUCAUUAUCCAUCAAAUUUUGUAUCUGCAACACUGUGCUA